CGUGUCCCUUCUGAACAAGAGAAAGCAUGAGGUUGUGAAUGUUUCAGAAGUGGAAUAAGUCGCAGCGCAUUGCUUGGAAGAAAUUCGAGUCACACUGGUUCCCGAGGCCAAAGAUGCGUCCUUAAACUUGAAGAACAAUAAUGGCGCGAAGAUAUUUGAGGCGGUUAGGCACCAGCAUGUUUCAGCUGGUUGGUCUUCGUUCGAAGGAAUUUGUGGCGUGGUGGUGGCUUGUAAUCUUCGAUCUCUUGCAGCUCGCAUACGCCAAUCAGAGAGGCUGUCAGGGUGCAGUCUCCUGCCCAGUAAGCUUCAGAGCUGGUAGCCACAACGAUGGGCAUUUCUUCCCCUCCAGGCUCUUCAAUUUGAGAUUAUUCAAUAGCAUCAUCGGAGCGCAGAAUUUGGAACUAUUGAACCCAGACUAUGUUGAGGAGAGGACGGUCAAGUUAUCUAUCCCAACCUAUUCUGUCUAUGCAAUCUUACACAAACGGCUCUGAAAGCUGACAAUCGUAGCCCUUUUUCCUACGUUCAAGAGUUAUUACCACGAGGGCGCAAAUUCCCAACGUUCCAAAGUUUUUUCGAGUCUGAGAAUCCAACAUCAAUUUCCAUAGUCUGGAUCCCGCUCACCAUCAGUCUCUUGAGGGCC